UCCUACGAUAUAACUGCUGCAAAUGCUAGACAAUUUGUACACCGGACCAGUACGUACAGCUGUUAAGAUGUUCUUUCUCGUUUUUGCGCUUACCGCGUUCGCUCUCUCGGACGCAAAGAGUACCGGGUGUGAGUGUCCAGACGUGUUCGAACCUCUCUGUGGAAAUGACGGUAAAACAUAUGACAACGAAUGUGUGAUGAUUUGCGCGGGAACGUCACCCAAGUAUGACGGGGCUUGUAAGGAGGAAUCUGAUUGCGCAUGCCCACAGAUUUUGAAACCCGUAUGUGGCAGCGAUGACAAAACUUAUGAUAAUGACUGUCAGAUGAAGUGCUCCGGAAUGUCAAAAGCUUACGACGGAGAAUGUGUAAAAUCGGAAUGCGCAUGCCCAAUGGUGAUUAACAGAGUCUGUGGAACCGACGGAAACACCUACGAUAAUGAAUGCCAACUCCGAUGUGCUGGGACAACAAAAGAACAUGUUGGAGAGUGUGGCUUGAAAUUCGUAUGUGCCUGUCCAGAAACGGUCAAUAAGGUUUGCGGUAAUGAUGGAAAGACCUACGAUAAUGAUUGUCUUCUAGAAUGCACUGGAUGGACAAAGAACCAUGACGGUGUGUGUGAAACUCAUCAGAUGUGCAGGUGCCCCAAAAUCUCUCUUCCGGUUUGCGGACAAGAUGAGAAGACUUACGAAAACGAGUGUCUCCUUAAUUGCAAUGGUGCUGCUAAAUUACAUAAUGGCGAAUGCAAUAAGCAGCCGGAUUGUGGAUGCCCAUUUACUUUAAAUAAAGUGUGUGGAAAGGACGACAAGACUUAUGACAAUGAGUGUAUGUUGAACUGUGCAUCUGUGGGUAAGGCAUACGAGGGUGAGUGUCUGAAGGCGGAGUUGGCCGCUCCCGUGGAGCCGGUGUGUAUGUGUAACAACAUGUACUUCCCCGUCUGUGGUGAUGAUGGGAUGACGUACGCCAAUGAGUGCCUCAUGACUUGCCAUAAAGCUGAGCUUGCCUAUGAGGGGGAGUGCGAGGCCUCGCCCUCCUGCCACUGUCCCCACAUUUACAACCCUGUGUGUGGGAAUGACGGCGAGACAUACGACAACAGCUGUCUCAUGGGAUGCAAUGAUGUGAAAGAAGCCUAUCCUGGGGCGUGCAAAAGCUAGUUGUCCAGUUCACCAGCAGGGGCAUGUCUAAAGACUCAUUCUUUCGCAGCUGCAAUAAACACAUGUUCCGGAUCUCUUUCAAGUGACAUAAUAAAAUUAAAAAUCUCUAUAAUAUAUUACCGUUGUAAUUGUGAAUGUUAAUUAUUCAUUGUUCUUCUUCUCAUAUUACAAAUUAACUUUAUUAUUAACAAUAAAUGUGCAAAACCUGCAAUUGAAUGUACUGUUCAUUUAAUUUAACAAAUUUUAACAUUGUAUGAACUUUGAACCUUUUAAAAUGAUUUUAACGUGUGUCAUUUGUAUUUGUUUUAGCAAAUUUAAUUUUUUAAUUAUAUCAUUGAUUUGCUUAUUAAAUAUCUCUAAACAUCACUCUGAUUUGUUUUUUGAUUUUUUUCAAUUGCGAUGGUUUUUAUAUGAUUCGUUAAGGAUUCAUUAGAAUUUCUUGAUAUGUUAGUCCAUUUACUACAUUUAAAAGAGAUCUUUUUUUUUUCAUAUAGUUUCAUUCGUGUACAAAAUUAAGUUAUGACAAAGCUGUUAUUAAUAUCCUUUAGAAAUUUCGUCUCCUCAAUUGUUAGUGUUGUUUUCAUUUGAUAUAUAAAAUAUUCAAAUUGUUCACUUUAUAUUGCCGAAAUUACUGCAAUAUAAAUAAAAUUUAUUUACAGUAUCUCAACAGUGCAGAAUUUACAAUAUUUUAAACUCCCAAUUUUGAUUGCUUUUUAACUUCCAAAUACUUUAGAGGCUUUGAACAUGAUUUAUUGUCUAUUUUAUUCCAUGCGGAAACAUUCUUUGACUGUUGAAUGAUUUAGUAAACAAACUACGAAAAGUU